UGAGCACACUGACUGUCACAUACCCUGUGACACAAUGGUCAGCAUGAGGGGCCCUUUCACAGCCGUCAUUCUGCUCUGUAUCUCAUCUCUUGUAGUCUCAUUCCCAUGGUUUAGGAAAAGAACAAAUGCUACCAGUUCACACCAAUACCCUUCCAAAGAUCUGAGUUACAAUGUAACAGGAGACUACGUGUGGUCAGGAUUCAAGGGAUCAGCACAGUUAAUUAAUGAGACAUGGAGAAAUCUUUCUCGACCAGUGGAUGCAGCUUUCAGAAAUUAUAACAGGAACCUACCGCUGGAGCAUGAGAGGACUUACCUCUUCCAGGGGUCUAAGGUGUGGAGCUAUUUUGAAGGCCAUUUGUUGAAAGACUACCCCCGCAAUAUCAGCCAGGAGUUUCCUGGGAUUCCCAAUGACCUGGACGCAGCGGUUGAGUGUCAUGAGGGCGAGUGUAAGGUGGACAGUGUCAUAUUCUUCAAGGGUCCCACGGUGUACGUGUACAGCCCACAGGAAGAGCCACGGGUUAAGCAGCGGACCUGGACAUCUCUGGGUCAGUGUUCUGCUGCCAUUCGCUGGCUGGAGAGAUAUUACUGUUUUAACGGUAUCAACUUCACUCGGUUUGACCCAGUGAGCGGCGAGCGCCUGUCACCCAUACCACUGGACACAAGAGAUUAUUUUAUCAGCUGUCCUGGAAGAGGUGGAUGGUACUUUCGCCUGGAUACCCGCAAGGACGGUUGGCACGCCUGGCCACUGAAUCACUCCUGGAAGAACCUACAAGGUGUGGUGGAUGCAGCUUUUUCAUGGGAGAACAAGAUUUACUUCAUCCAGGGCUCACAGGUGACAAUUUAUCUGUCAGAUCAGGUGUACACCGAGGUUCAGGGGUACCCCAAGUCAUUGCAGGAGGAGCUUGGCGUGUCCGAGAUUGAUGCAGCAUUUACAUGUCCACAAUCCAGUGAACUGUAUGUUAUCAAAGGUAACAAGAUACAAAUGGUGGAUCUCAGCCAGAGCCCCCGGCGCCAAGGCCCAGAGAGACCCAUCGUGCACGAUCAUGUGGACAGCGCAAUGUGUGGCAUUAAUGGCAUUGACCUGUUUAUUGGACCUUUCUACUAUCACUACAAGAACGUAGAAGAGCUGGUGUCAGCUGUGGGGCUGCCCAGACCUGGGAACAUAACAGCUAAUUUCUUUGACUGUUAGUUUCAGGAGAGACCUCUCUCACAUACAGUAAUCAUUCUGUUUUUCCAGACAACACUGUUAAUAUUCAAGUUUAAACCCCCUUUGGUCAAGAUAAGAUUUAUAGAUUUUAUUGAUUUUACACAAUAAAUAUUUGAUAAAACAUCA